AUGCCUCCCAAGAAGAAGGCCUCCCGUCCGAAGAAGGCUGCCGUGGAAACCAUCUCUCAGGUCGCCAUGGAGGCUGUUUCAGCCACCUUGAAAGUGGAGAACCGUGGCGACGGUGUUGUGGUGAUGGAGAGCGGGGUGAAGAAGAUUGAGCAGAUGGCAGCUCUGGACAUCGCUCAGCUGAACACCCUCAACCUACCCCUGCCGCCGCCCGUCAUCAAGCCCGGAGAGAGAGGCCUCGGCCUGGGCAGCGAGCUCACGCGACCCCUGCACGGCAACGCCCUGCUGGAGGAGCUCAGCAAGAUGCGCCAGGAGAAGUUCCUGACUGAUCUGGAGUUGGCUUGUAAGACAAAAGCCUUUGAUGUCCACAAACUGGUGAUCUCCUCAGUCAGUCAGUACUUCAGGGAGAUUCUGGCCAAAGACCCCAGCAUGAAGCGCCUCGAGCUCCCCUCCCUUUCGCCUCUUGGUCUGGCCAACGUCAUCACCUUCGCCUACCUGGGUCGCGUCCACAUGUCCCUGUACACCAUCAGCUGCACUGUGUCCGCCGCUGCCACCCUGCAGAUCCCGCAGCUCCUCAAGAUGUGCGUGGACUUCCUGCUGGCCGAGCUCAACGUGCAGACCUGUGUCUACAUCUGGAACAUCGCCGCCGCCUACGCCCUCCUGCCUGUGUGCGACGCCGCCCGCCGCUUUGUGCUGGAGAACUUUGUGCAGUUUGCAGAGACACCGCUCUUCAACCAGCUGACCUUGGAGCAGAUCUCGGCCUUCCUGCAGGACGACUCACUGCUGCUGCCUUCAGAGGUCACCGCCUUCAAGCUCGCCAUGAAGUGGCUCGACUUUGACGCCUCCCGUCAGGUUCACGCCGCAGAGCUUCUGUCGCACGUUCGCUUUGAGACCAUCCCGGCCAGCGAGCUGGUGAGCCAGAUCCAGCCUGUGCCGCGCAUGAUGCAGGACCCCCAGUGUCACCGCCUGCUGGUGGACGCCAUGAACUACCACCUGCUGCCCUACCAGCAAAACACCCUGCAGUCCCGACGCACGCAGGUCCGCGCCGGGCAUCAGACUCUGCUCAUCGUCGGAGGGCGUCCGUCUCUCACCGAGAGAGCUCUGAGCCGAGAGGUGCUGUGGAGGGACCCUCGUGACGGAGGAGCCACCUGGCGUCACCUCACCCAGCUGCCAGCAAAGAGCUUCAACCAGUGCGUGGCUGUGAUGGACGGUUUUCUGUAUGUGGCGGGAGGAGAGGACCAGAACGACGCCCGAAACCAGGCGAAACACGCCGUCAGCACCCUCAGCAGAUAUGACCCUCGCUUCAACACCUGGCUCCACCUGGCCAGCAUGCGUCAGCGCCGCACACACUUCUCCCUGGCUGCCAGCGGCGGUCGACUGUUCGCCAUUGGCGGGCGCAACGUGGAAGGUCUCCUAGCCACCAGCGAGAGCUACCUGCCCUCCUCCAACACCUGGCAGAUGCGUGCCCCCAUGGAGAUGCCCCGCUGCUGCCACGCCAGCGCCACUCUGCCCUCCGGAGACAUUCUGGUGACCGGUGGCUAUAUCAACUGCGCCUACUCCCGCUCUGUGGCGUGCUACAACGUGGAGACCGACACCUGGACCGAGAAGCCUCCCAUGGAGACGCCCCGCGGCUGGCACUGCUCCGCCACCGUCAGAGGGAAGGUGUACGUGGUGGGAGGAAGCCAGCUGGGGCCCGGUGGAGAGCGGGUGGAUGUGCUGUCAGUGGAGGUCUACUCUCCUGAGAGUAGAUCAUGGAGCCGGGCCGCCCCGCUGCCUCUUGGUGUGAGCACUGCAGGUCUGUCCUCGCUGGCAGAAAAGCUGUACCUGCUGGGCGGCUGGAAUGAAGCAGAGAAACGCUACAAGGCGGCCGUGCAGAAAUACGACCCGGCCACAGACAGCUGGUCUAUGGCCGAGGAUCUUCCAGAGCCCACGGUUGGAGUCUCCUGUUGCACCCUGACGCUCCCGCAUCGCCAAACACCACGCCGGCAGCACCGCAACACCCCGGGUAACGAAGACCAGCAGCAGGUCACCAAGAACCGAAGCAGAGAGAGCAGCACGUCUCCAUCACAGAGCACCACCGCAUAG